AUGGGCGAACUGGAGAAAGCUCCCGGUUUUGAAGCGACAUCGGUGCCCACAGACAACAAACCAAAGAACGGUACCAUUGAGGAAGUGCCCAACCAUGGAGAGUUUCGUCGUUCGUUCACUCCUCGCCAGAUCCAUGUGCUCUCUUUGGGAGGACAAAUCGGCGCAGGACUCUUCAUAUCCACAGACACCGUCUUCCUCGCCGUCAUGAUAUGUAUGUUUAUGCUGCCGAGUGUUUGGUUUGGCUGGUUUGAGUACUGCGCUGCAAUUCUCAAGAUCAUUGCGCUUCUCACCUUUGUCUUCGCUGGUUUCGCCAUGGUCCUUGGUGCGGGACCAAAUGGCUACGUCCAUCACGGCGAUGGAUGGAAGAAAGAACCAUUCAAGAAUGGUUUCAAAGGCUUUUCAAGCUCGGUCCUUCUCGCCGUACUCGCUAUCGGAGACAACUCCUUUACUGGCUUCCUUGCAGGCGAGGCUAAGUCUCCGCGCUACUCAGUCGGACAUGCUGCUUUUCUGAUUCCCAUCCGCGUCAGUACGAUCUACCUCGUCUGCAUAGUCUUCAUCAGCAUCCUAGUGCCUGCGGACUCCCCGUCACUUUACGGGUCCUCCGGUGUUGCCGCUUCUCCCUUUGUAAUAGCGCUGAACGAAGCUGGUAUUGCCGGCCUUCCGGACUUCCUCAAUUGCGUCAUUCUUAUCGCUGUGGCUUCCAUUGCAGCUGAGUCCAUUUUCAUCGCUUCCCGCAUGCUUCGAUUCAUGUCACACCAGAACCUUAUUCCACAGUGGGUUGCACAGGUGGACUCGAAGGGGCGUCCACGGUGGGCAAUCGCGAUCACACUUGUUGCAGCCAUAGCCUUAACCUACUGUAAUCUGAGCGCUGGUGGUAUCGAGGUGUUCACAUGGUUGGGACAAAUUGCAAGUACCGGCUACUUCAUGGUUUGGGCGGUGGUUGCGGUCACAAGUUUCCGUUUUCGCGCGGCCCUCGAAGCGCAGAACGAUCCAUUAUUCAAUGAGCCUUACGCUUGGAUGUGCACGCUCUGGCCGGUACCGCCAAUACUGCUUCUCACCUGCUGUAGCCUCUAUACGGCGUGCUCGUUCUAUCUUGGUCUAUAUCCUAUCGGUGCGACAUCUCCUUCCGCGUACUCAUUCUUCCAAUACAUGAUCGGCUUGUUGCUCAUUGUGUUUUCCGGGGUUGGGUACAAGAUCAUCUUCCGCACUAAAUUGAGAGACCUCGCAAAGGUGGAUCUACGCACAGGACGGCGGACGCUGAGUGAGCAGGAGAUCUUCGCACUGGACACGUACUAUGCGCAGUCGAAGACCAGGAGAUUCUAUAGCUUUGUGCAACUGUGGUAG